GCUGCAAGCAGUGGAAAAGUUUCUCUUUUCAUUUUCUGCAGGCUUGGCCACUGAGACGGAAGCUGCCCUCAGUAGCAGCCUUGGGGCAGAAUCUUCGCCCAGACAGGCUCACCUCCUGCUCAGUAACUUCCUGCAAGCCAUGAGACAAUAAGAGCACUUCGUGUACAUCUUUUUAGGUUUCAGAAUUUCAAGAGAACCGUGUUGGCUCUCUCACUGGACUCGAGUAUGGCCAUGAGAACCCGUUUGACCUGGGAGCAAGAAAAGUACCUGCGGAAUUACUUUGGAGAGAAAAAGUUUUGUCUUCUUUACAAGGCCAGUGUGCAGGAGUUUGCUAGGGAGAAUUUGCUCUGGAAAUGUCAGGAUCAAGGUCCUACCAUGGUAGUGGUUUAUAGUGAGAAGUAUGUUAUUGGUGUGUACCUGCAAGAGGGCUUUCAGGAAAAUAAAGUUUCCACCAUGCUUUUUACAAUCCAAGAGACUGGAUUGUCACUAUGUGCACUAGGACCAUGUUUGCCACUUUCAUUGUUCCGUUAUGAAGAAACUUCUGAUUUCUUUAUACUGUUAGAUAAAAAAACUGUGACUAUAAGUUCAGAAAUCCGUAAAGUGCUCCGACUGCCUGCUCUCAGUGGGGACACAUUUAUUCAGGAAUGUGAAGCUUUUCGAUGUGACGAGUUAUUGGAUGAAAGAAAAACACGAGGCAUUGUUGGGUUAUGCAGUAACUUACUAGAUGCCCUGAGAAACUACAAGCCGUAUGGAGACCUGGUUCACCAAACACGAAUUCUGCUGUUGGGUCCUAUUGGAGCUGGGAAGUCUAGCUUUGUCAACUCAGUAAAGUCUGUGUUCAAGGGCAGCAUCACACACCAGGCCUUGGUGGGCUGUGAUAGAAAUGGAAUAUCUGACAAGUAUAGGACAUAUUCCAUCAUGUCCAAGAAUGACAGUGGCCCCCUGCCAUUUGUUCUGUGUGACUCACUGGGGCUGAGUGAGAAUGGAGGCUUGCACACAGAUGAUAUAUGCCACAUCUUAAAGGGCCACACUCCUGACAGAUACCAGUUCGAUUUCAGGAAACCAAUCACACCAAACCAUCCAAACUAUAUCCAUGACCCACUGCUGAAGGACAGAAUUCAUUGUGUGGUGUUUGUGUUUGAUAUCAAUUCUUUUAACCAGCUCUCUUGUGAGCUAGUGGCAAAGAUCAAGCAAAUUCGAAGAGACUUGAGAAAGCAUGGCAUUUUGCAUUUGGCUUUGCUUACACACGUGGAUAGCCUGACUUGGAUUACAAAAGGAGAUCUGCUAGACAUAUACAGCUGUAGUCCUGUGAAGGUCAAGCUGGGAGUAUUCCAUAGACUCUUUGGUUUUGCCUUAUCUGACAUCUUGGUGGUGAGUAAUUAUGAUUCAGAGUGGCAGCUGGACCCAGUGAAGGACAUGCUGAUCCUCUCAUCACUGAAAGAGAUCCUGUAUACUGCAAAUGGAUUCUUAGAGGAUUUGCCUUUGAACAAAUAAGUAGACUGAUAAUCUUGGAGCUUGAAGGUAUCAGAAGAAAAAAGUUACCAUGUUGCAAAAACAUAAAAAGGAGAGACUUUAUCAUGCCUUAAUAAUGAAGUCAUCAACAAAGUAGUGAGAACACAGGGAAUGAAGGUGGUGCAGAAACUGGAGUGCAUUGCAACUGUGCCAGGGAAGCACAAGAUUACAGUGCCCUUCAUAAAAAGAUAAGUAAGAUAAAAAUUAUCCAUUAUAAAACCCAAUCACAACUCUGUUGGAUUUAUAUUCUGUAUCUAUGAAAAUAAAAUAGUUAAUUGUCUAAAACUCCAA